CGUUGAUUCGUGAUUUUCUUCCCUGUUUCUUUUUCCAUCGAAGAGGAAUUGCCGCAAGAUGGGUAAGGUUAAGUGCACGGAGCUGAGGACGAAAGACAAGGAGGAGCUGCUCAAGCAGCUGCUGGGCCUCAAAACAGAGUUGACCAACCUGCGUGUGGCUAAAGUCACUGGAGGAGCUGCUUCUAAACUUUCAAAGAUCCGUGUUGUAAGGAAGGCAAUAGCUAGAGUGUACAUUAUUAUGCAUCAAAAGCAAAAGGAAAACUUGCGUCUGUUGUAUAAAAACAAAAAGUACAAGCCUCUGGACUUGAGACCAAAGAAAACUAGAGCACUCAGAAGGGCAUUGACACCUUUCCAGGCCAACAAAAAGACUCUGAAAGAAGUACGCAAACAAUCCGCCUUCCCUCCAAGAAAAUAUGCUUUAAAGGUGUAAACUACAAGGUACUAAUAAGGGACAAAAUAAAGUUUUUUUAAAAAUCAA